AUGUCGUUUGGUAUUAAUGCGUUUCAGAAGUAUUCAUUAGAUUUUGGGUUAGGACAUAAUGGUGUGAAAAUCUCUCUGAAUUAUUUUGAUGGAUUGCCGGAUCAGCAUCUGAUUGGUAGUCUGGGUUCCAGUGAGCUAAGGUUGACUUGCAAGUAUCUGCUUAAGAGGGAUGAUACUACGAAGGAGAAGGCGUUGGGGGAUUUAGUUAGAUUGGUUUCUGAUGCGGAGAAGAGUGAGCAGUUGUUACGCAACGAUAUUUUUUGCCUAUAUUGGUCUCAGGUGUAUGCUAAAUUGGUUACGAGUGAUCAGAAGUCGAUUAGGAUGGGUUGUCAUGAGUUUACGGCACUUUUGAUUAGGCUGAUGAAUAAACAGGGGGUGAAGUUUCUCAAGGACUAUGUUCCGUUGCUGCUGUCAGGGCUCUAUGAUGCGGAUCCAGCUGUAGGUAAAAGCACUGCGGAGGGUCUUUUGCAAUGCUUUAACAACGAUUCCAAGAAGGUCAAGGCUCUGUGGAGUGUUUUCAGCAAGCAGAUAGUGCACUAUGUGUACGAAGUUUUAGUGACGGAGAACGAGGGCACACUUUCGGACGAACGAUAUGUUUCUAAAGAGGACUCAGAAUCUAGAUACAGUCGUGUUGCGUUUGGCGCUGUGUCAUUGAUGAUGCAGUUGUUGAAGAAUGUAGACAAUAUUUCAGCGCAGGAGACGUUAUAUGACGAAGUGUUGUCUAGUGAGAAUCUGUGGAGGUUAUUGACUUUGAAGAGAGCUGGGAAUUUGAAAACGUACCAGUUGCUGUUGCAACUGAUUGACUUUUUGGUGGAGGAUAGAUAUAUGGAUAAGCAUAGGGAUGUUUUGAAGAUGUCUUCAAAACGGUUCUUCAAGUCGUUAGCGCAGAUACACUCCAAGAAUUUGUUGAGUGUUUCUGCUGUCUUACCGCAGGCACUCCGCACUUUGACUAUAUUGAACCGUUUUAAAGGAGGUCGCAUAUGGACUUAUGAUAGUUCAUUUAAGAGCAAUGCGUUGGCGCUAUUAAAGCUUGGAGCUGGAAAUAGCGAUCCUUCUUACUAUGCGCAGCUCUACAGCUUCUGUCGGGAAAAUAACCUAUUUGAUUAUCAAACUGAGUGGAUACCUAUUUGGCGCAACUGUUUUUUAGCUGAGACCAACAGAAAAAUUCUUGGGAGAAAUGCCCAAGGGUUGGUGCUUGAGUGUUGGAAGUACUUUUUGGAGUUCUUUAGGUCUUCUGAAAAUGCUAUGGUAAAGUCGCAACUGCGUGACGAUAUUUUGAUGGCUUUGAAUGGCAUAGUGUUAGAGGAUUACCAACCUCUAAUUCCCAUGCUGACAGAAGCGAUUCAUCCAACUACCAUAUUGAUAGAAAUACAGAACCUACUUCCAACUGGAAUUAGUGAAACACGGAAGGAUACUCGCUAUAUUAAAAAUUUAGUUUUGCUUUUAAUUAACGUGCCAGAUAGUGAGGAAUAUCUCAAAACACUAUCCCAUUCUAUUUUUGAGUCAAUUAAAGCAUCCGAAAACUAUUCAGAGAACUAUGGUUUUUACAUUUAUGGGCAAUUAAUUAAUUCAAAAUUCACUAGCCUGAACCUUGAAGUUGAAGAAUUCUGUCAAGCCUUGCCAUUUAUGAUAGAUAAACGUUUUGUUGAACUACCAUCAAAAUUGAUGUCAGAUUAUUCGAAGUCGAUGUUUUUGAAAAAUUUAGAUGACCCAAGAUGCCCAAGUUCAUUUUCAGACUAUAUUUCGGUUGUCAAAAACUUGGAUCUUCCGAAAGAUGAGCUUUUGUCAUAUAUUGAUAAACUAGAUCCGCAAAUCCUCCACAAACUCUUAAAUACUUGUGCUGAUCUUGCGGACUUUGUUAACGACUAUAUUGAUUCUCAUGAUUUCACCAAAAGCUCCUUGUACAGAUCAACUUUAUUGACAAAACAGUCAAUAGAAAGGCUGUAUUUGAGAGCGUGUGCUACAAACAAUUUAGGACCUUUCUCUUCGAAUAUUCCAAUGCUUCCUGGACCGUUAUAUAUCCAUCUCAUCGAGAAUACUACUUUCUUGACAAAACUUAAUCACUUUUCAGAUGCUAUUGUAUUCCAAAUCAGAAAAUCACUGAUACCCAUUAUUAAGAAUAACGAUAAACUGGCCAAAAAGGUAGCUGAAUGUGUAUUGUUGAAAGCAGUUUCUAAUAGUCGCGAAAAGCUUCCGAAGGAUAUAAUAAGUUAUUCUUCUAAACUCAUAGAUUCAAACCCAACAGUUUUAGUGGAACUGUUGCCAACUUUAGUUAAUGAGAAAUUUGUCAGCUAUGUUCCUCAUAUUGACUAUAGGUUAUCCCUAGUAAAUCCGUUGGGCAGCGGUGUUAAUUUAUUAGACAUUUCCUUAAACCAAAAAUUUGACUUUAAAUCUGCAGAAGCUGGAAUUAAAUACGCUCUAUUCCUGGAUGCUAUUUUGAGCAGCCAUCCGGAAUAUUUGGAUGACAAUAUCAUCUUAUUUCUAACGCUCAUGAAUGAAUUGGCUGGCGAUUAUAACUGCCUUUCAGCAACACCGGCUGAUUAUUUCCAGGAAUUUAAGAACACUUUGUUUUCUAAAGUUCAUACUAGGUAUGAAUUUCCAGACAUUUUAUCCGCGAUUUUAACUGGAACUUCUGAUAUAUCUAUAUUGAAGAGCUUGGUAUCUAGAGAAGUUUCGGAAACAUUAGCUUUUUACAAUUGUACGGUUUUGAGAAAACUACUGUUGAAUUCUGUUGACUAUAUCACCCAUUCAAGGUUCAAAGAAUUGCCAUCCGUUGAUGCAUUUUUAUUGGAUGUUGUUCGGGGCAAAGAGGUUAGUUCAGUUCAAAAAUUACAAGCGAAUACUCUCUUAGCCUCAUUUUCUAAAUUUGCUGGGUGUAGUGAAAAAUUGGACAGAACUAGAAAUAUGUUGGCGGCUGAAAUUAUUGACGUUGACAGCGAAUCGGCUACCGAGAAAUACUUCAUUGUUAUACUUUUAACGAAUCUAUUAAAAGUUGAAUCUUUAGAUAAUGAUGGUGCCUCGUUUGUACCAAUUGCUCAGCAGAGGCUUAACAUGGUGAUCAAUUCUAUGUACAAAUGGCUUGAAAGCGAUAUAUCGUUUGAAAAUUCGUUCUGCAAUGUAAGAUUAUCCUUGUUAGAGUUUAUUGCUGAAUUAUUGAAAUUCCUUUCUGUUUUAACAAUGGGUAAACCUAUUGUGGACUUGGCGUUCAAAACUCUUUCUGACAGUUUAGGGGUGUGCCAGUUGGAAGACACUUCUUAUAUAGAGGAGUUGAGAAUUUAUACCUUAAAGCUAUAUUUGGGUCUCGAGGAUGUAGUUGAGCAUGGUGUGAUGCAAAAAGAUAUAUGGUUAGAAAGUGUAGAUGAGAUUCAUGAAGCUCUAGUCCAAUUGAUGUUGACUUCAAACAGCCAUUGUACGAUGGCUCAGCCGUACGCUACAUUUUGUUCCUUGUUGAACAGGUCUAUGAAUACUAUAUCAGAAAAGUUUCUCAUGAACUAUUUUGAUGAAAUCAGUGAAUACUUGGUUUCUAAUUCUAUUCCUGUAAGUUCAAUGAGAGUAGUUGUUACUGUCUCUGGUAGAUUGAUAUUGGCAAAACAGCAAGAAGUGGUUAUUGAAAAUGCCUUACAGAGGAGUUCCAUAGAUUGUGAAGUUGAGAGUGGUAAUAUCACCUGUAAAUUGCCCCAAGAACUAAUAAAUCUAUUGGUUACGAAUAUGCCUGAAGAAUAUUUAGAGUACGACGACCCCCUCCAGUUUAUCAAAUAUUUAUGGUAUUGGCAUCUGAUCUUAUUAUAUUUUAAGGAAAUAUCGUUCAGUAUGCGCCAUGACUAUAUUAACCAAUUGAAAAGAGAUAACUUGAUCGAAAGAUUAUUUGAUUUUGUUGCCGAGCAAAUUGACCUUCAGGAUUCUAAAUUUUGGAACAACGUUUCAACCGAUUCCAUUGUAAAAUAUAACGUUAAUGAUGCAGGGUUUUACCCAUAUAAGGAUAGUAUUACUAUUGAGUGCAAAUUACUCUUAUCAAACUUGCUUUAUGAAAUGUUCAACAAUGUUGGUGCAAUCACCAAUAACUGGUGGUUGAAUAUUAAGGAUAGAUCCCUACAAGGUAAAAUCAAUAGUUUUGUUUCCAAGUACAUUUCCCCUAUUCUUAUUGAACAGGAAUUGAAGCACGUAGGUCAAAGUAUUCCUAAGCUAACCUCUCAAGCCGAUGGGUUAACUAUUAAGAUCAACAAUAUCAUUAAGGAGAUCAAGGCUAAAUACUUAAUCGAUGAUCAGACAUUAGAAAUAUCCUUCAAGUUUCCGCCCAACUAUCCUCUGACCAACAUCGAAGUGUUUGAAGGUUCUCGUGUUGGUGUUAGCGAACAAAAAUGGAAAUCUUGGAUCAUAUCAACUAAAAGGGUUAUUACUGGCAUGAAUGGAUCUGUGAUGGAUUCUUUAGAAUUAUUUACCAAAAACGUACGUUUGCAGUUUGCAAAUUUUGAAGAAUGUGCCAUAUGCUACUCGAUUUUACAUCCAGUUGAUAGGAAAUUACCUACUAAGGUUUGCCCAACUUGUAAUAAUAGGUUUCAUGGUGCAUGCUUAUACAAAUGGUUUAGAUCUUCAGGUAAUAACUCAUGCCCAUUAUGUCGGAGUGAAAUCCCUUUUAGGAGAUGA